AAAUAGUUGUAUUGUCAAAAUAGAAAGGAACACUUUCAACAUGAGCUUUUUAUUUGGAAGUCGUUCAAACAAAACAUUCAAACCAAAGAAGAAUAUCCCAGAAGGCACACAUCAGUAUGACUUGAUGCGACAUGCAGCAGCCACGCUAGGCUCAGGGAACCUACGCCUUGCGGUGAUGUUACCUGAAGGGGAGGACCUGAAUGAGUGGGUUGCUGUCAACACCGUGGACUUCUUCAACCAGAUCAACAUGCUGUACGGCACCAUCACGGAGUUUUGCACGGAGGAGUCGUGCGCCGUGAUGUCGGCGGGGCCCAAGUACGAGUACCACUGGGCAGACGGGCACACUGUUAAGAAGCCCAUCAAGUGCUCCGCGCCCAAGUACAUCGACUAUCUGAUGACGUGGGCGCAGGACCAGCUCGACGACGAAACUCUAUUCCCGUCCAAAAUAGGCGUGCCGUUCCCCAAGAACUUCCUGCCGAUGGCGAAGACGAUCCUCAAGCGACUGUUCCGCGUGUACGCACACAUCUACCACCAGCACUUCCCCGAGGUGGUCCAGCUCGGGGAGGAGGCGCAUCUCAACACCUCCUUCAAACACUUCAUCUUCUUUGUGCAGGAGUUCAACCUAAUCGAACGGCGGGAGCUGGCGCCGCUCCAGGAGCUGAUCGAGAAACUCACAGCCAAGGAGGCGCGAUGAGCGGCGCGGGCCUGCGGCGGCCCCCGGCCCUAUCUGGCCGCUGCCGUGCCUCGCAGUGUUGACUGCUUCCUCGACCGAAGCUCACCUCGAAUUGUCGACAAGUUUGAUUAUUUGCUAAUUCUGUAUAGUAAACACUUUGUUUCGUCAGCACGUGGCCGCCGUCGGGCCCUUGCAGUGCUACGGUUUGUGAUAUGAGACUCGGACCGUCCACGCGGUCGGGACGUGGCUACAGUGGGCUACACAGAUAAGGCCUUCCUAUACAAUAAUGUUUAUAUUUAGAUACAAUUAAACUUUGUACUUUAGUUUUGAUACAUGAAGUAUAAUGAUAGUAUAUUUAAGGGAACACUUGUGAAAUGUUUGCGCCACGUAUACAUCACAGCGGUUUCAUUUGGCACCAGUAGAUGCGAGUGCACCAGUUGGGGGCAGUGACCCCUUGUAUUUAUAUUUGGUCUGUGGCACGCAAGCUUCAAACGUCAUGUCGCUGGAUGCCGACUGGCUGUCGGAUGUAUGGUAGGGCCGCUCACUGCGGGGCGGUAUGUUAAAUUAUUUUUAUUUAUUGUAGCUUAAGGUGACGGUAUUUUCAAAACGAUCGCGCGGGCAUUUACUUUAUAGUUUUUCGAGAAGUAUACGAUACUAAUUGUUUCGAAAUGAUAACCCGAAGAAGCGGCCUGUUUUCUUACAUAUCCAAAGUCUCAUAUAUACAGAUGUAACAGUGGGUCCGUGCUCUCAGCUCUCAAUGUGCCCUAUAUUUCAGGAUGUUGGUGUGCGCCAUUAUCACAAAAUAAUUAGAUUUGGACAACAUUUGGAAAUUGACAAUUUUUGUAAUUUCAUCAUCUUUGGGCG